AUGUACGACCAUGGCACCUCAACGGCCGCCUAUCAACCGUUUCUCCAAGAUGCUGCCAACGUCCACAGCCUCAUCGCCAGAGAAGGCCUCGGAGGCGACCCGGCGACGAGGCCAGCCUCCUUUAAGAUAAUUGGCAUAGUCUUGGCCAUUAGCUCCGGCUGCUUCAUCGGCGUCUCCUUUGUCUUGAAAAAAGUCGGACUCCUCAAAGCCAACGAGAAAUAUAACGAGGUCGCUGGCGAGGGCUACGGCUACCUCAAGAACUUUUACUGGUGGUCUGGCAUGACGCUCAUGAUUCUCGGCGAGAUCUGCAACUUUGUCGCAUAUGCCUUUACCGACGCUCUCCUCGUCACGCCCCUCGGCGCCCUCUCAGUCGUCAUCACUACCGUCCUCUCCGCCAUCUUCCUCAAAGAACGACUCAGCAUGGUCGGCAAAGUUUCCUGUUUCCUCUGCAUCGUGGGCUCCGUUAUCAUCGUGCUCCAUGCCCCCCAAACCUCGUCUGUCAGCAAUAUCGAGCAGAUGCAAAAGUACGCAAUCACGCCCGGCUUUCUCACGUAUACCGGCGUCAUCAUCGUCGGCUCCGUCAUCGUGGCCUGGUACUGCGGUCCCAGAUGGGGCAACAAGAACAUGUUCGUCUACAUCUCCAUCUGCAGCUGGGUCGGCGGCCUGAGUGUCGUCUCGACCCAAGGUCUCGGCGCAUCCAUCAUUGCCUGGAUUGGUGGGCAGCCAGAGUACAAGCACUGGUUCCUCUGGGUCCUCCUUGUCUUUGUCGUCUGCACGCUGCUCACCGAGAUCAUCUACCUCAAUAAAGCCCUCAAUCUUUUCAACGCUGCCAUGGUCACCCCCACCUACUACGUCUACUUUACAAGCACCACAAUCAUCACCUCGGCCAUCUUAUUCCAGGGCUUCAAAGCACCAGGCAAGGAUCUCGCCACAAUAGUCAUGGGCUUCCUGGUCAUUUGCUCCGGCGUUGCCUUGCUGCAGUUGUCCAAGUCAGCCAAGGACGUUCCGGACACGGCCGUCUUCCGCGGCGACCUUGAUCAGAUUCAGACGAUUGCUGAGCAAGAGCAGCCCGAGACGGAGCCCAAGGCCGACGCCAUUCGCGGCACUGCGGCCAUUGUGCGUAGAAUUUCCCAAGCGCGCCAAAGAAUGGAACGGAAAGAACUGGACCGCCUGCGCGAAGAAAAGUCCAUCGAUAAUCUCCAGCCGAUCAGGGAAGACGGCCAGGCUGAGUUCGAGUGGGACGGACUGCGACGACGCAAAACCUUGGCCUCGAGCACCCGCGCUAGAUCCGUCACCUCGCCCGGCCCCGCGCCGUUCACGCCGCCGCCGCCUAGCCCGCACCCGCCCCUCGGCAUGUCGGCCUUUCCUAGCGACGAAGACAUGGAGGAGCACGAGCGCCCCAGCACCAUGUUCUCCAGCAUCGUCGGCACCAUCCGCGCGCGCUCCCGCACCAAUGCGACUAUGCCUCCGUCAUAUGGUGACGAGGAGUCGGGCAGCGGCCGCAUGCGCAGUCCGGGCAUCCGGCCGGUGCCCUUGACCGAGAUUGUCCUCCCCAAGGCCAACAAUGACGACGAGGCGGGCUCCUACUAUGGCGCCACGCGCGAGCACGUCUUUCCUCGGGACACCGAGUACCGGGGCGCAUCAGCCGGCAGCGGCGCGAGCCUGGCGCCCCCGACGCCGCCACCGCACUCGGCGCGCCGCCAGUUUUCGUUUCAGCGCGUCUUCCGCAAGACGCCCGACACGACUGAAGAGGAGCGUUUGGGUCUUGUCAAGGAUGCCGGCGAGGAGGAGACUGACGACAGAGAUGAUGACGGUCACAAAAAGGGCUUUAUUUGA